CUGCCAACUUGUCAUUUUAUCUCUUAGCUGCCUACUGAAAUAGGCUCUGCAGCUCUGGAGGAAAGCGCACAGCAUUGAACGCGUGAGGUAGACCGUCGCGUUUUGGAGGUAGGUUUUUUUUUUCCCUCGCUCGACAGGCUUUCUAAAGCAUCUCCCCCCUAAACCGCCUCCUUCUGACGUUUCCGACUGGCAAGACAAGAGGCGAAUAUCGAUAAUGGUACAUCCAUAAAUGAAACGUCGGUGAUCUUCUUCGGUUUGGAACCGCAAUUUGCUGGAGGGAAUGCUGGAACGGACGGCGGGAUGUCUUGAGAACGCAGGGCGGCGUUUCUUUCAAGAUUCCAACACCACUAUUCGAAGUCGAGCGUCCUUGCAUUCUCGUGUUGGACAAUAUAAUAAUGUAGCCCCGGAGUGUUCUCAAUGGAGGUUCACGUUACGACAGGGGUUUCAACAGGUCUCCGGGAAUGCCGCGAAUUCAACCGCGUCCGGUGAUUCUACCGAGCUCCGAACCCCGUUCCUCGAGUUUUUAUAUCCAAGCCAAACGCAGGAGUUUGCCGCAAUAUGUUUGCUUCGAUCUUCAAAACGAAUUGCACCGCGGAGGAGAAGGAGAGCCGAACCUGUCGUUUCCAGGAGGUUUGCGUCUCAGUUUUCGGACACAACCGUUUCAACAGACAUAACUCCAGAGCCUUCAGAGCAAUACUGGAUUGAAUAUGCAAAGAUGCGUGAUGCCCAAAAGUCCAGAGGCUCCACGGAAACCCAACGUGAUAGACUGGAAGCGAAGGGCUCUCUCACGAAAUUACUUGAAGCUGGCGAUCUUGAGGAUACGGAACGAGCGUGGGAACUAUACAUGGCGGCCAAACAUCCGGGUGAUAUGAAUUCGGCUCUUCUGGCAGCUCUUUGCUCUUCGGAACACCCUACCGACCACAGGAGAGCCAAGCGGCUGUUCCUCACACUGGAGGAGUAUCCGUCGGGCGAGGAUUAUCUGCACCUGGCAAAAUCAUAUCUGGCCGUUGGGCAGCCAACAGAAAUGGAUAGAGUCUGCCGUGAGGCCUUAGAUAAGUCUAGGGGGUUUCCAUGUCUGGCAUUUACAUUGGCAUACUAUCUAGACAAUGCUCAGUGGGAGUCUGCCCGAGAAAUAUGGAACCUAAAACCCACAAUCAAUGAGACCGAGCUAUGGGAAUCCAUGGUUCCAUAUCUUCCUGUCUCUUCUCUUCCGAAAAGUUUACUCGACCAGCCCUUCUUGCCUGAAGGUGUGGCGCGCGAUAUGGCUCGUUUUGUCCUCGAUAAUAUCGUGACAAGCGCAAAAGCGAUGGAGGACACGCCUGUUGAAACUCUCCUGCUUCUGAUACAGAAAUAUAGCUCUAUGGGGAUUCUCACACCGAAGCAUUGUUUCCACAUAAUCGAAACCCUUCAGUCCUCUGAUAUCAGAUCAAUAUUCGUUCGCUCUAUCGUCAUCUACCGAAAUUUUCGCUGGCUGAUGCCCGGCAAGGUACCACCAGCGAAACUUCUCGGGGGCUUUCUCAGGCAGCUUGCCACAUUUGAGAUUACAGCUGGCGUCCGAUAUUUUCUAAACGAGUUCUCUCACUUUUAUGUGAAACCGACUGUUGACGCUUAUAAGAAUGCCCUUAUAGCCUUUGCUCGAGCCGGCGAUGUACGAAGUGUCAACCUUAUUUUCAAGGGCUUUGUUUCAGAUCACGGCAAACCACAAAGCCGAAGAUUGUUAACGCCUCUCCUCUACGUACAUGCUAGACUAGGCAACGUACAAGAAACUAUGGCUCAAUUCAAGAGAAUAUCAGAGGAGUUUGGAUAUCAACAAAAUAUUGUGUGCUGGAAUAUUUUACUUACGGCAUACGCUAAUGCGGAUGAUAUUUCUGGUUGCUUUAUGCAAUUCAAAAGAAUGAUCAGGGAAAAUAUGCAGCCUACUUCCCAUACGUUUGGUAUCGUGAUGGGGCUCUGUGCAAGUAAGGGCGACGUGGAAACGAUCCGUCAAUUGCUUGCUCUUGCAAAGCAACGCCAUGUAAAGAUCACAACGCCUUUGCUUGACACGGUUGUGGAGGCCUACUGUAAUAACAAAAAUUUCGAGAUGGCCGAACGGGUAGCAGACACUUGCCUUGACCUCGAUGUCAAGGGCUCACGAGUGAGAAUGUUCAACGUUUUACUCUGGAACCAUGCAUUUAGGAUGGAUUUGGAUUCGAUCUCUAGAAUUCGCUCUCGCAUGGAUGCGGCUGGGAUUCAGCCUGAUGAUAUGACUUAUGCUGCUCUAAUGCUUAGUUUAGUUCUUUUGGGACAAACAGAUUCCGCGCGUCGCAUUCUCAGGGAACUUCACAGAAGCCGUCGCAUACACGCCACAGAAUUUCACUAUGCCAUUAUUUUAUAUGGUUAUGUGAAAGCUCGCAAUCGCGAUAUGGUCCACGUUAUUUUCCGUGAAAUAACAACCCGGUUCAACAAGCCAGGCUUAACCUCGAGAUUGCUUGCUUUGAGGACUCAGGUACAGAGAGAUUUGCAGUUGCUAGAAGAUGAUACGCGGGAUACGGAUACUGCAUCUCUGCGUUUGGAGAAUGCCGAGAAAUUCCUAUCAGAGACUAUUGCUGAAUUCAAUCCUAGCAAGUUUGGGACCAAGCAGCCGAUGCCUGGAGCGAGCGGACUCCCUCUUACGGAGGCCUUCCCGGCUAUGUACUACGAAUCUGUUAUUGCUGCGUACGGAAAAAGGGGUGCCUUUGAUGAAGUUCAGAAGCUUUUCGAAGAGUACACAAAGCAACAACCCUUGGCACCCUCUGAGAAUGGCCACGAUAUAGCGCCUAUUCGUCUUCUUGCUGCCCUAAUGCUUGCGUAUUUAAAAACUGAUCAACAUAAGAAGGUCGAAGAAUGUUGGAAAAUGGCAUUUCCUCGUGCUCAAAAUAUUGCGAGCCGCCUCAAUGACGACGUCUGGCUUUCUAGUCAGCUGGCGUCUCCGUUGCCUGUUGUCGAGCCGUCUCAACGCUCUGUGCUGACAUCUCUCAGCAUCGACGGGGAUUGCCUUUCCGGUUCAGAGGUUGGAGAAUCUUCGUCGAAGCAAUCCCCAAUUCUACCUGCGUAUCGUUUCAUGUUGUCCAGACCACUAUCGCUGUACAUGCGGUCUUUGGCCUACAGGAACGAGUAUAACAAAGUACUUCGGAUUGUUCCGGAAGUUGAGAAAGCUGGGUUCACCUUGACAACCUUUAAUUGGUCCACGAUCGUGCAAAUGCUUGCAUCUUCCGACCAGUUGCCUGAUCAACUUGAAGCGUUUGCCAUUUUUGAGAAAAAGUUCAUGCCUAAUUUCCCCGGAUGGAAGAACCUCCGCCGAGGAUAUGGCAUGAAACCUUCUGGUGUGCCUUCCGCAAUCGAUCAAAUUGAACGACCAUCCCGUGGCAAGCGCCCAGACAUCUUGGGUAGAGAAGGGCGACGAUACUGGAGUAAAGUAAACCCCGAAUUCAUGCAACCUACCUACGUUUCGAUGGUAUACCUAGCCUCCGCUUUACUACGGGUUCGGGAGCGAAGUAUAUCUAGCGGAGGAUCCGAACUCCUAAAUCUCCAUCUCGCUGCACCUAAAACUGUUGAGGCCAUUGGUGAUAUGCCGUACCUUCGUGAAAAAUUCCAGGGCGUCUUGCUCCGACGCCGCCAAGAGCGAGGUGAUUCGAAAGAUCACCUGGCUGAACGGGGAUAUUUCGUGUGGACGGGUGGCAUUCUUGGAGUGGGUGGCCGACGCAGAGCCUCCCAGGAUAGACAAUUGCUUGACCAGCCGGUCGAGCCAGAAACAAGCUCCGCGGAACAUUCGCCCUUACCAGGGUCUGAAUCCGAACCAUCUCAUAUGCUGCCUGAAGCAAAUGCCGUAGAUGACUUACCUGCCAGGGAGGACCAGGUUUCCCCUUACAAGACCCUGGAUUACCAGGAUGAGUUUGACCUGGAGGCGGAGACCGCCCUGUCUCUCCGGCAAAAAUUAUUGGGUAUCGCUGAGGAAGAACUGGAUGAUGAUCAUCUAGAUGUCAUUGAUGCGGAGUACGAAGAACCAGAGCAGGAAGAGGACGGAGGACAGGAAGAGGAAGGACAGCAGGAAGAAGAACCUCAAUCGUUGGCAGAUGAGUCGGCCAAGGAGCUCAAUCAGAGAGAAGAUAAGGCCUGACAUACCAAUAUCUCUGAUACAGGACGCCCAUCCAGAAGAGGACUGAGUGUAGCAGAAGCCGAGUCUACUCCGUAAUCAGAACUGCCAAUCCGUUCUGGUUCACUUAUACAUUGACCGCACUUUGCGGCACAUAGGAUUGAUUUGUAUAUAGAAAUUCUCUCGUGUACUAUACUAUAAUCUGGGGUCUUUCUUCCUCAGGUCCUAUACCAUGUAUAUUAACAUAUUUAUAGCCUAUACCCCUCUUAUUUUGAAUACUAAAGAUUGUUGAUAUA